CCCGAUUACAGAUCCUGAAGAAUCAAAAUAGGAAACUCGGAGGAUUGUCGUCCGAGGAGAUCGAGACGAAGACCUCAUAUCCUUCCAUCUUCAAAUCUUGCUCCCAAAAUCUCACCUUUUUCGCCAUCACUACAUAUUUGAAUUUUCUCUUGAGCAGAUUCUCCGCUUCAGAGAGGAUUUGGGAUUCUGCUUUUGAAGGUGAAACGAUCUGAUCUGGAUUUUUGAUUUGGGGAAUACUCGUACAUGGUGUAAUAGAUGGGGUUAGUGUUUACACGAUUGUUCUCAUCGCUUUUCGGAAACAAAGAAGCUCGGAUCCUCGUUCUCGGUCUUGACAAUGCUGGCAAAACCACUAUUCUUUAUCGGCUUCAGAUGGGUGAAGUUGUCUCCACUAUUCCAACCAUCGGAUUCAAUGUAGAGACGGUGCAAUAUAACAAUAUAAAGUUUCAAGUCUGGGAUCUGGGUGGGCAGACCAGCAUCAGGCCAUAUUGGAGAUGCUAUUUUCCAAAUACUCAAGCCAUAAUAUAUGUGGUUGAUUCCAGUGACACCGAACGACUAGUAAUUGCUAAAGAGGAGUUCCAUGCAAUUUUAGAGGAGGAAGAGCUAAAAGGUGCUGUAGUUCUCAUAUUCGCUAACAAACAGGAUCUUCCUGGUGCACUUGAUGAUGCUGCUGUGACAGAGGCUCUAGAGUUGCACAAAAUAAAAAACCGUCAAUGGUCUAUAUUUAAAACUUCAGCAAUCAAAGGAGAAGGUCUCUUUGAGGGCUUAGACUGGUUGAGCAACACUCUCAAGUCUGGCGGUGGCUAAACCUUUCGUUCUCAUUGUGUAAGUUUGUGACUUGCUAUUGAUUUKGUCUUUAGCUAUUAGAUCUCGAGUCAUCAUGUCUUUUCGGAGGCCAAAUACUGAUGUCUCACUGAAACAUCUAAAUUUGUAGUACCAUUUUUUCUGUUUGAUGUUAUCUGUUUCUUGGUAGUUCCAAUUUUUAUACUAUUACUAAAUCUUUGAAACUUCUCCAUGGAAAUGAAUAUGAUGUAAGGUUUUGACCGGUCGA